AUGCGCUUCUUGUCAUUAUCUGUGGCAGCUUUGAUGGCUGCCGCCGGGGUGCACGCCGAAGAGACGACUACGACGGCGCCGAUUCCCGCCUGCACGGCCGUGUCCUCCACCAGCAACGGCGCAUUCUUCGACCUGCGGCCCGACAUUGCGCACAAGGAGACCGACAAGGCCGCGCGCUCCAUCACCAAAGACUACCACGCGCGUGGGUACGACUACGGCAAGAACUUUACCCUCAACAUCUGCGAACCCGUCGUCGCGCCGGUCGAGGACGUUGUCGGUGUCUCCAAAUCGUUGUGGAGCAACGUCAGCGCAUACUAUACGUACAAGGAUAAAGUAUACUCGAUAGGCUCCUCGUCGCUCGACUUGCGCAGCCGCGGCCGCAAGCUGGUGCUACGGUACGGCGACGGCUCUCCGUGCGAAUCAACGUCGAGCAAGAAUGCGCGCGACCAGAAGCCCGCCGCCGGCGACAAAGACAAGGGCUCCUCCUCCGCACGACGCAAAUCGACUGUCAUUUCGUUCCUCUGCGACCGCGACUCUGGCAGCUCGACGGUCGGCUUUUCUUUUGUCGGCACCGACCCCGACGAAUGCGCCUACUUUUUCGAAGCCCGCUCGAUGCACGCCUGCGCGCAGGCCGAGCCGCACAAGCGCGGCAACGUCGGCCCGGGGAGCAUUUUCGGCCUCAUCUUCAUCAUUGCUGUGCUCGUGUACGCCAUUGGCGGUGUCUGCUACAACCGCACCGUCGCCCACGCCCGCGGCUGGCGCCAGCUCCCCAACUACAGCCUCUGGGCCGGCAUUUGGAGCUUUAUCACAGACAUGUUUGUAAUCCUAACCUCAUCGUGUGCCCGAUUCCUGCCGAGCAGGCGUGGGUACAGCAACGUCAGCCAGAGCUUCAGCAGCAACAGAAACUCGGACGCGGAGAACCGACUGAUAGAUCAACUUGACGAGGAAUGGGACGAUUGA